AUGGGAAGCCUUCAACCCUGGGAGCAGACUGCCUCUCAAAAGCGUUCUUUACGAGACAAGCGCCUGAAACCAUACCUGGUCAACGAUGUCGAUCGGCGGGUUCCUCAGGUGUUCUCUGUUCAGGAGCGCUCUCGUCUCGAAGACGAUCCAGCAAUCCAAGAGAUAACUGACAUAGACAGCAUUCCUAGACUGUUCGAGCUCUUGAAAGCCGGCCAAUACACGUGUGAACAAAUAAUCUUGGCUUAUAUUAAAAGGGCCGUCAUAGCUCAUCAAUUAACAAACUGCCUCACCGAGAUCGUCUUCGAGGAUGCGUUGAAGCAAGCUCGACAAUUAGACCACGACUUUCAGCAAACCGGUCAAGUCAAGGGGCCACUGCACGGCAUUCCGGUCACGCUGAAGGAUCAGUUCGAUAUCAAGGGUGUCGACACUACACUUGGUUAUGUGGGCCGCUCUUUUGCGCCGGCUGCGGAGGAUGCAGUUCUUGUCCAAAUGUUGAAAGACAUGGGCGCUAUCGUGCUGGCGAAGACGAACCUGCCACAGAGUAUUAUGUGGGCGGAAACAGAGAAUCCCCUCUGGGGUCUGACGGUCAACCCACGGAACCCCGAGUUCACACCGGGCGGUUCCACUGGAGGGGAGGCCGUCCUGCUGGCCCUGCACGGCUCCAUCUUAGGCUAUGGUACGGAUAUCGGUGGCAGUGUGCGCAUCCCGCAGAGUCUCAUGGGUCUAUAUGGCUUGAAGCCCACCAGCAGCAGACUUCCGUACCACGGCGUACCUGUCUCCACCGAGGGGCAGGAGCAUGUCCCCUCUUCCGUCGGCCCCAUGGCACGAGAUCUAUCGUCGCUCUGCUAUGUCAGCCGGCUAGUCGCCAAUGCUCAGCCGUGGCAGUUGGAUCCCAAAUGCGCGCCCCUUCCCUGGAACGAAAGCUCAUUCCAGGAGGUCCAGAACCGACCUCUGGCAAUCGGGCUAAUUCUAGACGAUGGCGUGGUGAAAGUCCAUCCUCCUAUUGAAAGAGCCCUUCGGGAGCUCUCCGCAAAGCUGGAAGCGCACGGGCACGAAAUAGUCACCUGGGACGUUUCCGACCACUUGAAGUGCAUUCAACUCAUGGACGCCUUUUACACCGUGGACGGGGGUGAGGACAUCCGGCGUGAUGUGGAAGCUGCUGGCGAGCCUUAUAUUCCCCAUGUGGAAGCACUAGUGAAUCGCGGGCAGCCCAUUUCCGUCUACGAGUACUGGCAGCUCAACAAGAAGAAAGUCGCUCUGCAAAAGGACUAUUUGGAUAAAUGGAAUGCAGCUCGCUCACCAUCGGGAAAACCCAUUGAUGUAAUCCUGGCCCCGACGAUGCCCCAUCCUGCUAUUCCACACCGAGGCCUGCGGUGGGUGGGAUACACUAAGAUCUGGAACUUCCUUGAUUACUCUGCUGUCACCUUUCCUGUGGACCAAGUGAGGGCCGAGGUAGAUGAACUGCCAGCGGACUAUCAACCGCGGAACGAACUGGAUGCAUGGAACUGGGGCCUCUACAAUGCAGAGACCAUGAACGGUCAUCCGGUCAAUCUCCAAAUUAUUGGCAAGAAAUUGGAAGAGGAGAAGGUGCUAGGGGCGGCGACUGCCAUUGAAAAGAUCUGGAGGAGCUAG